CGUUAACGACUCCUUUUUUUCAAAUCCAAAAAAUUUCUUCUUCUUCUUCUUCUUCUUCUUCGUCGUAGACGGCCACCGACUCUCCCAACCCUUUUUUCCUUUCCUUUCCCUUUUGUUUUUUUUUUGUUUUUUUUUGUUUUUUUUUUUUUUUUCUGUUUUUUCGGGUUCUCUCCCUCCUCCGAAUGCCCGAUGGAUUUAAUAUCAAAUGUCUUGCCGUUAUGACAAAAUAAGAGGCCUUUCUAAUUCUUUCCACGUAUGGCUAUCGACUCCAAGGCCGAAUUAGGAGGUUUGAGAGAUCUGGAGAAGGGACUGAAAAUGGCAUCGGCGUCAUGCAGUCCCGUGGCUCAAACGUCGCCGAUUGUGCGUUGUCCAUCGACGCCGACUCUUGUCCUAUCCAAUUCCGGCAAGGCUCUACUGGUUUCCAAUUCCAGUAAGUCACUGGUGGUUUCCAAUUCCGGUAAGCGGAUGGAUCAAGUUGGGAAGAAAAAAUACGUGAAGCAGGUGACCGGAAGGCACAACGACACCGAGCUCCAUUUGGCCGCCAAGAAGGGCGAUUUGGCCGUCGUCAAACAAAUUAUUGCAGAUAUAGAUGCACAGAUGGUUGGAACGCUUAAUGGUGCAGAGUUCGAUGCAGAGGUUGCCAAUAUAAGGACGUCGAUUGUGAAUGAGGUGAAUGAGUUGGGAGAGACGGCUCUCUUCACCGCGGCGGAGAAAGGACAUCUCAAUGUGGUGAAGGAACUCUUGCAGUACUCUACUAAAGAGGGUAUUUCUAUGAAGAACCGGUCCGGGCUUGAUCCGUUGCAUGUUGCUGCAAGUCAAGGUCACCAAGCCAUUGUUCGGGUACUAUUGGAAUAUGACCCUGGACUAAGCAAAACUGUUGGUCAGUCAAAUGCAACCCCUCUUAUAACGGCGGCUACAAGAGGGCAUUUACAAGUAGUUAAUGAAUUGCUAUUGAAAGAUUCUUGCAUAAUUGAUGCCUCUAGAUCCAAUGGGAAGAAUGCAUUACAUCUAUCUGCAAGGCAGGGGCAUGUGGAUAUUGUAAGAGCAUUGCUUGAGAAGGAUUCACAACUUGCACGGAGGACGGAUAAGAAAGGACAGACUGCAUUGCAUAUGGCUGUAAAAGGGGUUAGCUCUCAAGUGGUGAGGUUGCUUCUUCAAGCUGAUCCAGCUACUGUCAUGCUCCCUGACAAGUUUGGCAAUACAGCUUUACAUAUUGCCGCUAGAAAGAAGCGGGUAGAGAUAGUGAAUGAGUUGUUACUCCUUCCUGACACCAAUGUGAAUGCUCUAACAAGAGACCAUAAAACAGCCAUUGACAUAGUUGAAGGACUCCCCCUCUCGGAAGAAACUGCAGAGAUAAAGGAUUCCUUGGCUCGAUAUGGAGCUGUCAGAGCAAAUGAACUUAACCAGCCAAGGGAUGAGCUUAGGAAAACCGUAACACAGAUAAAAAAAGAUGUCCACAUCCAGCUAGAGCAAACCCGCAAAACCAAUAAGAAUGUGGAUGGGAUUGCGAAGGAGCUUCGUAAGCUUCACAGGGCAGGUAUCAAUAAUGCCACUAACUCAGUCACCGUGGUAGCUGUUCUCUUUGCAACAGUAGCCUUUGCUGCUAUUUUUACAGUUCCUGGUGGUGAUAAUGAGAGUGGUAUGGCUGUGAUGGUGAGCAGUGCAUCAUUCAAGAUCUUCUUCAUCUUCAAUGCUGUGGCACUCUUCACAUCAUUGGCUGUUGUUGUGGUACAAAUCACACUUGUCAGGGGAGAGACAAAGACAGAGAGAAGGGUUGUGGAGGUGAUAAAUAAGUUGAUGUGGUUGGCCUCUGUCUGUACCACAGUCGCAUUUAUUUCAUCAUCUUAUAUAGUGGUUGGUCGGCAUCAUAGGUGGGCUGCCAUUCUUGUUACAGUUAUAGGGGCAGCUACCAUGACUGGGGUUCUUGGCACCAUGACUUAUUAUGUGGUGAAGUCGAAACGGAUUCGCAAAGUAAGAAAGAAGUCAAGGACUGUAACCAACUCGUGGCGCCGCUCGGAGUCUGAUUCAGAACCAAACCCUAUUUAUGCCAUUUGAUGUUAAACCUGGCUCUGAACUAGCCUCAGAUACCUCGUCCACAUUAUAAAUACGAAGAAGAAGAAUGAGAUAGGAGCAGUUUGGCCCCGAGGGGAUUUGAGCUGUAGAUGAAGAGAAUCUUGGGUGUAAUUUUUUGAAUGAAUGGCUUCUUGGAAGAUAUUGAAAUAUCCAGGUGUUUAAAGGGUUUGGAGAAAAACCAGUCAAUGACCUUGAAUCUUUACAGAGGCACUGAAUGAGAAAUCAUCCAAUUAUUUUUUGGUAUAUGCAUAGUAUUAACCUCAAAAUGUAAAAUAUAUAUAUAUAUAUAUAUAUAGGUUUGUCACUUGUAUAAGAAUUUGAGAAUAGAUAGUGGCUUGUUUAUAUGUAGAUUAAAAAAAAGAAAAAAAUUGAAUCAAUUGGCUGGAGCUGCGAAACAAGGUUUAAAAGCUGUUGAAUUGCUCUUCACUACCUGGCCUUUUUCUCUGUUAUGGUGAGCAGCUGAUACAAUGCUGGCUUAGCUCCAUUAAUGGGACAACCUUCACCAUUGAAAUCAAAAUCCAUGUUUGUAGAGAAUGCAAAUAUGGAUGUAGCAAGCCACUGUAUGAAGUAUGGAAGAGAUUUUGAAUAUAAGGAAAACGACAGUCAAGACGGUAGGAGAAUCAGGGGCCAGAAGAAGUCAAUUUUGUUCAAUACAUGACCCAGGGGUAUCACAUUCACAUGAUGUUGUCUAGAGGCAUUUAAUCAGUGUGAAUAUGCAUUUUUUUCCUUUUUCCUUUUUCGGCUAUGGUGUGCAUUGCCAGUGAUUUUUCAAAAAAAGCUUUUUUU